GCUGCUCGUGCGCCUCGUUCUCAGUAUCUGCAAUAAUAUGGGCUCAGCUGCCUCAAAACCUGCGCGCAGGCUUGCCAAGACCGCGCCGCCGGGAUGGGCUGGUGCGAGAACACCUAAUCCUGCAGAACACGCACCGUCUCCUAGACCUGCCGUGCCCCUCGCAAGCGAAACGAAGACAGAAGCCAUCAUGAAGGACGGUGGUGACACUCUAUUGGCCAACCUCCAGAAACUUGGGCAAGUGCGGGUAGACCAUAACAUGCGAACCAUCAAGCCAGCUGCAGAACAGGCACAACGCAUUCACGAUUCACGCUUGCUUUCGGAAGAUCAAGCGCGUUCUUCUCGACAACCACACAACCGCCUGGUAGCCGCGUCUCUCACGGAACUCCUCGAAGAACGAAAGUACGCGCCGACACCAAAAGCACUGGAGGAGCUCCCCAAGAAAUAUGCCAUCGACUCGGACAAGGUUGAACGUCUCGCGCGAUAUGUGAACAGCGUAAGCGUGCACCCAGACUUGGUGAAGAGAUGGGUCAGCGAAGACGGCGCGGAGCAGACGACAAUGCUGGCUUCUUGGGUGAACCCAAAGGCCCGAGAGGUGCCCCCAUAAGCUCAACUCAGAGCAAUACACGGUGACACUUCUGCUCGUAGCAAACCCUCUCUCUGUGAGCCGACCCUCACAUACCGAUGUGUAUGACCUUCCUCCAGCUCGUAUAUCCCGGCGGCUACUAC